CUCAUUUCAAGCAUGGGAAACAAGACAUCUGUCAAUUACUCCUUAUCCCAACUAGAGUCCUUCAGAAUUGCUACUGUUCGCAAGAGUGAUCAAGAAGGAGCAGAACUGUAUGAAUUGUUUGUGUCAAAGAAGAAGGAAGAGAAGGAUUUUGAUGAUUUUACAAACUUUAAAGAAAUCUUUACUAUUAAUCAAGACAGCUAUAAGGCCAUGAGAGGAGAUGGUAGUAUUGCAUGAGACUUUGUCAUUGAUUUUGAUUACUUCGUCUCUGUUGCAAGGCAAGAAGAUAGCCUAUACACGAAGUAUAAGGUCCAUACUGAGCCUCCACAGCUCCAGGAGAGUAUUGAGCAUCACCAGGAGGAAGAAGAGAUGAAAUUAACACUCACUCAUUCGAAAUUCAAGAAAGAGGUAUUAUAUUUCAACAACUUGGAAGAACUCGAAACGACUGAAGAGCUACUCAAGAGUGUUAACAGAGUUAAAGAGAGAAGGAUAGCCGUUCUGGUCAACCCUGUCUCUGGUAAAAGACUUGCUAGGAAAUACUUCAGGGAGAUCCUCUCCCCCAUUCUCAACAUAACAGGAGUAGCUUAUGAUAAAUUCAUGACUAAUUCUUCGACAUAUGUGGAAGAAUGGGUAAAUCAGUACGAAAAUGAGCCAUUCCCUUAUUCCGAUAUUGUUUGUGUGGGAGGAGACGGGCUGUUUAGUCAACUAGUUAACGCACUAGGAAAAAGUACGAAAUAUAAAGAGCUUCUUAAAGUUCCGAUAGGUUUACUCCCUUGUGGCUCACAAAAUGCUAUCUGAUGAGAUCUUGGAGGCAAAGAUGUGUUUAAAGCCUGCAUUAAUAUUGCUAGAGGUACUACUGUGAAAGCUGACAUUUUGAAAGUGAAGUUUAAAGACCAAGAAGAAUCCAUUUAUGGAACAUCCCUUCUUUGGGGAAUCACAGGAGAUAUAGUACAUAAGGCUGAGAAAUGGAGAAGAUGACUCAAAUCAGCGAGAUAUGCUGCUUGUGGCGCAAAGACUUUCUUAUGCUCCUGUAGUCUAAAGAACUACAAGUGAAAAAUAGCAUUCAAGAAUGCUACCAAAGAUCUGGAUAGCCAGAGUUAUGACUUUGGUGAGGAGAGCAAAGAAUGAACUUCUGUUGAUAAAAAUUCUAAAAAUACCGAAUUAAAAUCUGAUAAUUCGCAUAAAGAGGACUGGAAGAUUUAUGAAAACGAUGAAUUUUCUUUCUUCUGAGUUACAACACACGAAUGAAGAAGCUCUAUUAAUAAAAAGGAAGUUUUCAUGCCACCCAUCAGAAUUAAUGAUGGGACAAUGAGACUAGGAUGCUUAAAGAAAUGAGGUAAGAUAAAAAUGCUGAAAUUCUUAAGUAAAUUCUCCUCAGCAAGACAUUUGGAAUUCAAUAUGUUUGAAGAAUUUGAAGUCUCUGAACUGAAAUUAACUCCAAUUGUUAACUCAUAUUUCAAUAUUGAUGGUGAGAUCUAUUCUAACGAUGAAGCUCAUGUGAAGCUUCUGCCUUCUUAUUUAAACCUAAUUGGAAGCCUGCAUGAGAAAAUAUAAGCCAUUGCCUCAUAUUUGUUUCGUCGCAUAUUAUAGUUUCA